AUUUUUAUCAGUUUUUUCAUUGUCAGCAAUGGCUCGUAUGAAUAGACCUGCCCCUGUGGAGAUCACGUAUAAAAACAUGAGGUUCCUCAUCACCCACAAUCCUACCAAUGCCACCCUAAACAAAUUCAUUGAGGAACUAAAGAAGUAUGGUGUGACAACAGUUGUUAGAGUGUGUGAGGCGACGUAUGAUGCCAACUUGGUGGCCAAAGAGGGCAUUCAGGUUCUGGAUUGGCCAUUUGAUGAUGGAGCUCCUCCUUCUAACCAGAUUGUUGAUGACUGGUUGAAUCUACUGAGGAUUAAGUUUAGGGAGGAGCCAGGCUGCUGCGUAGCUGUUCACUGUGUAGCCGGCCUUGGAAGAGCUCCAGUCCUUGUUGCCCUCGCUAUGAUUGAGUGUGGAAUGAAGUAUGAAGAUGCUGUCCAGUUCAUCCGACAAAAACGCCGCGGAGCAUUUAAUAGCAAGCAGCUCUUCUACCUGGAGAAAUAUCGCCCAAAGAUGCGUCUUCGCUUCAAAGAUUCAAACGGCCAUCGCAACAACUGCUGCAUCCAGUAGAGCUUGUGCCAAAGCCCUACUGGAAACCUUUUAAUCCAGAUAUUUCUGUAAUGUGGACAGUUAUUACUCAUAAUUGGUGAACAUGUGAAAAUACUAAAAAGAUAAAAAAUAAUAAUAAUGAUAAUUUUUCACUUGUGAUUAUCCCCUUUUGUGUUGAUUUUACAGUGUGGCCUCAGUCGGCAAGGUGAGUGCUUAUUGUAUGAUCAUGUUAAAAUUUCCACCGAUGCUAAUUUUUGAUUCCAGCCAUCAACUUGUACAAACAUUUUGUAAAGCUGUUACAGGAGUGCCCUCUGCCAAACAGUAUUUUUUUGUUUGUUUGUUUGUUUGUUUGUUUUUUAACAACUAUCAACAGCAUAGGUAUCAUUUAAUCUUUAUUUUGUUUUUGAAGAUCUUAAAAUGCCUUAUUAAAAUGAAAGGAGGCCGUUUCAUGGGGAUCAUUCGAUGGCAUUUGGAGAAGCUUCACUUGUGAAAACAGCUGCAGAGAAAAAAAAAUAUAUACACGGCAGGAAAAUCAUGAAUUACAAAAAAAUAAUUGUGUGUAUGUGGAAGGUAUGGGAUCUAGUUUGUGUUGUUUAUCCAAACUUCGUUUACUAAUUACUGCCAUGUCGAUAGUGUGAUAUUUUUUCUUUUCUUUUUUGUGUUUUGGCUUCAAACUGGACCUCUGCGAUAUUUUGUAUGCCUUUUUAUUUGAUGUGCGUAACUUAAAAAUACUUGGAUACUUGAUUUAUGUACGGUAUUUGAAACGUGUACUAUUAGAUUGGCUAUUUAUACUAUCACUGGGUAUGUGUUUUAGUAUAGUGAGAGAAGUUGUAACUGUUCACUGAUGAGAGAAAACGUAAAAUAAAGGAAUACACUGAGGACACGA